AUGAGUGAGUUUUGGUUGUGUUUCAACUGCUGUAUUGCAGAACAGCCUCAGCCUAAAAGACGACGGCGGAUUGACCGAAGCAUGAUUGGCGAGCCAACAAACUUUGUUCACACAGCUCAUGUAGGAUCAGGAGACCUAUUCAGUGGAAUGAAUUCGGUCAGCUCAAUUCAGAACCAAAUGCAGUCCAAGGGAGGCUAUGGAGGUGGCAUGUCUGCAAAUGUUCAGAUGCAGCUUGUAGAUACAAAGGCAGGAUAACCUUGGGGAUACUUUUCCAAUUUAUGUGAGUUCCUGUAUCUUCUUUCCUGUGUCCCCUCUUUUGCCUUGGUGACUGCUUGCUGUGCUCAUGACGAGAGAAGUGAUGGCUCAUUGUUCACCCUUUGUGAUUACUUCAGUGAAAAGUUGCUGUUCUGCUCUGAUGAUGCCAUUUAUCAGAUUGGUCCAACUGUGCCUUUCAGUGGCAUGCACACAUUGGCCUCUACCAGCAUCAUGGACAUAGAGCUGUUUAGGAUUGGGUUUAGCUUUUUGUUUGUUUUAAGGCAAAUUAAAGCACCAACCUUAGCUUCCCUCAUCCCUCACAAAUACUAAUGUGCAACAUUCUGUUGCUUUUCAGUCUUUAAAUUUUUUCUCCGCUCAAGUAAUUUAGAAAUGAGUGAGUUUCCAUUAAUGUCUUCAAUCAUCUAUUGUUCAUAUCCAUUUUUGAAAGGUCUAGGACCUGCAAGCACAAAUGAUUAUUUCCUACAGAAUCAGCAGAGUAGAUGACCGCAUGCUUUGUGAGGUUGCUUUGUAUGGUGGCCUGCUUGGUGCUAGAAGAAAAAAAAAAAAAUGCUUACUGCAGACCGGUGAAAGAUUUUGCUGUGGCACUAAGUCAUGCCUGUUUCUGAAAAAGGAUUUGUAACUUAGCUGCUUCAGAGUUAUGUCUUUAUUUUAGUUUUUAUCCAGCUGGUCUUGAAAUAAUAAAGAGAGAGCUUGCAUUCAUGAGGCAUUUGUUGUAAAUGUUGGGUAUAUUUAUUUUGAAAGAGCUGACCUUGAGACUGUAAACCAGUGUA